AUGGGCUGCUCUUCCAGCGUGAGCGUGAUGCACGACGAUGUGGAAGACACUGGCGUCACCCGCGUCAUCUUCACGGAUGCUGCUGGAGAAGAGUUCGUGCAGCAGUCCGCUCCGUUCAAGGAGGGCCUUCGACGCUUCAACUCCUUUCGCAUCAGCGACAGAGAUGCCUCUGGAAUCAACGUCCCGCUUGCAAGCACCCACAACCACCAUGUAAGGCAGCUCAACAUCUUCCUGGCGGCUAUCGAGAAGAACCCAAAGUUGCUGGAGAGGAGGGUGCUACCCAGCCAAGUUCCCAAGAACUGUGGCCAAUCGGUGCUCUUGAAAGUUGAGAAGGAAUUCUCGGAGGUGAGCUCGGCGGAGGUUAGCACAGAUGUGUCCAGCCCGGGCAGCAUCGCUUAG